AUGGCGGAUCCGAUUGAAGCCAAGGAGAGUUUACAAAAUCUUGCUGAGACGACUAAGAAAGAAAAUGAAAUAAAUACUAAAGAUAUUAAGAAUCAAAAGGAAGAGGACAAUGGUUCGAAAUCCGACAACGAAAAUGGCGAUCGUGAUGAGGACGACGACGAUUACGAUGACGAUCAAUUUCCUCCCGUACAUAUUAAACUUCCCCUCCAACUUGACUUGGAUGAUAUAGCUGGUGCUUUAAUACAACAAGCAAGAAGUAGAGUUUCCUGUGUAGUAGAAAGAAGAAGAGCUGAUGAAGUUAUGGACGGAACUAACGACAACGGAUUGGAUAACAGUACCGAUCCUCAACGUUUCCAAAGAUUAAGCGGUGAACGUGUUGCUAUACUGUGUGAAUCGGGCAAUCCUAAUCAGGAACAACAGGAGCAAGAAAUGCUUACUCCGAUCAUAGUUCCAUUAGGAACCGUACAAAUUCCUUUACAAUCGCAAGAACCUAAUCCAAAUUAUCAUCAGUAUCAAAUCCACACGCAGUAUCAGGUUCCUGACAUGCAACAAUUGCCAUUGAGUGAUCCACGUGGUUUAAAUCAUAUACCAGCUAAUGUACUUCCUGCAGAAUUACGUAAUCUUCCACAACUUACAAUGGAAAUGAGACCACCACGAAUGGGUCCACAAAUUCCUUCAAUGAUGGGACCACAACCUGGUGUAACAGGACCACAGAUCGAAAUGCGUCAAAUCCCAAUCGAAUUACGUCACUUCCCAAUGGAUCCAGCAAGAAACAUGAGACCACCAAUGCCACAAGAACAACGUCAGGAACAACACCAGAUUCCAAUUAUGUAUCAACAACAACCCGAACAAAAUCUUGAAAUGUAUGGUCAAGAACAACAGGGUGCUGCUAUGAUGCCACCACCACCACCACCACCCCCAUCCCACAAUGAACAACAAAUUCCUGAACAAAGAGUAUUGCCCCAAAUGAUUGUACCGCAAACGGAACAAAGAAUGCCAAUGCAACCGCAAGUUGUACCAGAAAGACCACAUUCCCCGUUCCAGGGUAUACCCAUUGAGAUUAGAAGGAUUAUUCAACAAGUACCUUUAGAAAUAAAGAACAUAAUUCAACAUAUUACUGGGGAAGCUCGGCCAGUACCGAUACAAGUAUCUGAAGGAACAAGACGAGAGAAUGUACAAGAAUUCAAACCAUUCCCUGAAGGUGCACGACCAAUCAUACCAAUGGGAUCAUUCCCACUACCUGUUGAAGUGAGAAACCUUUUGGAACAUGGAAAUAUCGAAGGACGAAGACGAGAAGAUGCUUCCAAUGAGCAACAAGAAGCUAAACCAUUCCCAGGACCCGAAGAUGAGGGUGAAGAAGUUGAGAAGAACUUCCCUGUACCUGCCGAAAUACGUAAUAUAAUACACCAAGUUGUAGAAGGACGUGCAUUCCCUGUACCAAGGUUUGCUUUACCAUUGAGACCUGUCGAAUCAUUGGAAGUACCAGUUGAAGCUCGUGCCGAAGUUAGCGAUGGUCAAAUGUCCGAUCGGGAUUCGGAACAUCAACAACAGGAACAACAACCAAUGCAUCCUGUUAUGCAACAGCAGCAACAACAACAACAACAGCAGCAGCAACAACAGCAACAACAGCAACAACAACAACAAGAACGGGAGGAAGAGAAUCGACCACAUUAUGUUCAACCACGUUCCGUACGUUCCAUUCCAGAACCUUUUGCUCAUCGUCGAGAAAAACGCGUACGUCGUUGCGCUUGUGAUUGCGCUUGCUAAUUUUGUCGAAUUUUCACGAGCUUAAUUCGCUUUUUAUUUUUCGGG